GCUCCUCAGCCUGAGGUUCUGUGUGUUGAGCCAAUCGGGUCGGCUCCUCAGCCCGGCUGACUCUCUGCCAGCUGCAGGUUGUCGUUAAGGUCGUCUCCAUGUACACAGCGGCUCGGCUCGGCUCGGCCCGGCCCACCCAGCCGCUCUCCCACGGCCCAAACCUCCGUUAGUUUGAGCUCAGGCAGGAAAAGGCUCAACAUGAACGUCUCUGCAGAUCCCACUACUCCAGGUUUCCAGAGGAACAGAGAGGAGCUGCCCUUUUCUGUGGACGAACUACGGCAGCUGAUAGAGGACAAAGUUAGCUUCCUGUGGUUAGCGACUGCAGACGACCAGCAGGGUUUGGUGUUGGAGGAGAACCCAGAACAGGAGCUGUCACGGUUUGCUGCUCUGAGUCGGGAGUUGACCUUUCACCUCCAGGAGCUGCAGAGCCGAACGGAGCAGGAGCUCAGAACCAUCCAAUCACAACUGUGUGAGAUCGAAGGCCGCCUCCAGCAGCUGACCGCCCAGCCGCCCGACCUUCAGCAGAAGAAGAAACAGACAGAAGAAGAAGAAGCGACGACCACUUCCUGCCCUCAGACGACCUCCAAACUCGAGGCCGUCGUAGCCGAUCGUUUGAUCCAGUCCGAACAGCUGGUGUUCCAAGAGCAGGCACUGAGCGCGCUCCGUGACCUGCUGACCCUCGACCUCCACAGGUACCAGGAAGAGAGCCGCAAACUCACCUGCCUCACUGAGAAGCUCACCGGCCGGUUGCACAGGUCAAACGGAGAGAAAACCUUCAUCUGUGCAGAGGGUGAAGAAAGUAUGCAAGGAAAGAACGAGGCGGAGCCGGAAAAGAACAUGCAUCGCCCAGUCAGUUCCCAGAUUCCCAGUAACGAGGGAUCACAUGGCGGCCAUGUUGGUUCCAACCUGCGGCGAGCCGACAGCGUCAAAGACCUGCUGAGUCGAUUCUCCGGUCCGACUCCAUACUUGUUUUCAUCUCAGAGCGCUUUCUCCGGACACAGACGAGUCCUCAGGUCGGUUUCCAUGGAGUCGCUGAACUCUUCCAAGUCCAAGCUGAGCGUUUUCACGCCGAGUGCCAUCGAAGUGGCCGGGACUUCGACUCCCACUGUCACGGUGACUCCAUCCAAAGAUGCCGAACAGAACGAGGUGGAGUCGACUAAGAAGGAAGUCAAAUCCACGAAAAUAACCGCCAGGAUUGAGUGUCCAGUAGAGGGCAGCACUCAGAAGACAGAUUCAGAAACGACGAGCAAACCGAAAACUCUGAAAUCUGGUAGAGAUUCGGUGGCCGACUCUGGCUUGGGUUCGGAGUCAGAAGUGGAUUCAAGCAAGCAGUCUGACAGCCCGUCUGAGGAGGAGCCGACCACGCCCAGAGCCACCAUAGUCACCCAGAAUCCCAAGUACCAGCUUCUGAUGAACCACGAUCUGAAGACCAACGGGCUGAGCACCAGGGAGGCCAACGGGCCGGGCGGCACCGUGUCGGUCGGGGAAAGAAGCCCCCUGCUCUCCAGAUGGGAGACCAACCGGUCAGGGACGAACAACUUCCGCGGGUCCCUGGAGUCCCUGGCCUCUCGGGACUGGGACACAGGAUCUGACAGGUUUUUGCACAGCGCCACCUUCUGGAAGAAACACAGAUUGAAGACGGGCGUUGUCGACAGCCCUCCCCGCGUCUUCAACAGUCCGUACGCCACGACCACGUCCAUGGAUUACACCCCAGCCUACCGGAUGUCCGAGUACAAGGUUCAGGGCAGACUCUCUCCCGCCACCUCAGAGAUGAGCCUGUACGGCUUCAACAGCCGCAGCACCAGCCCCAUCGGCGUGCCCUCGCCCACGCUGACCGCCCAGCGCACACGAUUCUCCACCUACGACACCCUGAGGAGAAGGCCCGAGAUGACCAACACGCAGGUGGCGCCUGUUCACUACAGCAUUCGCUCCGCCACAUUGGGAGCGCCGAAUAAGAAAGACUUCAUAGAAGAACUGACCAAACAACUGGACGGCUGUCAGAAGCGCAACGCGUUCCUGGAAGCAGAGAGCGUUGAGAUGGAGAAAGAGAGGAACCAGAUCAGGUUCGAUAUGCGCGCCCUGCUGGUGAACAACGAGGACCUGCUGAGGACCAACACCCAGCUGAACAACGAGCUGAAGAGAAUCAGAGAGCAGAUGAUCGAGAUGGACAAGGAGAGCCAGGGCCUCCGGGAGAAAUGCCGAGAGAUGGAGAUUGAGGUGAAGGAAACCCGGGAAAUGAUGGUGGAGGCCAACAACCAGGAGUACGCCUUCAACUUCCUCCAGCAGUCCCUGAAGAACAAGAUCCAGGAUGCUGAGGACAACCUGGAGAAGCAGACCCAACACGCCCAGUCUCUGGCCGAGAAGCUGUGGCUGGCAGAGAGGCAGCUGGAUGAGCUGGAGUUGGACAAAGAGACCCGACAAGAAGACGUCUGAGCUCAACAGCACCAUCCUCAGGCUGGAGGAGGAGCUCAGCGAGGCGCUGCAGUCGUCCACCCAGAACUCAGCAGAACUGAGCCUCCACCUGAAGCUGCGUGAAGACGCCCAGAUGAGGGUGGAGGAGCUGGAGGAGGUGCUGCUGGA